UAUGUUUCAGUGCCAUGGGUUGGUGGACCUGGCAGCGGAAAGGGGACGCAGUGUGAGAAGAUCGUCGCCAAGCAUGGUUUCAACCACCUCUCCAGCGGCGACUUACUUCGAGCCGAGGUAGAGUCUGGCUCUCCUCGCGGUAAGGAGCUGCAGGCCAUCAUGGAGAAGGGGGAGCUCGUGUCACUGGAGAUCGUUCUUGCGCUUAUCAAGGAUGCCAUGUUGAAGUUAAUCGACAAAAGUCCCUACUUUUUAAUCGAUGGUUACCCCCGUGAACUCGAGCAGGGUACCCGCUUCGAAAAAGAGGUGGCCCCGUGCUUCGCGGUUUUAUACUUUGAGGUGACCGAGGAAGUGAUGAAACAGCGUCUUUUGAAGCGUGGUGAAACAAGUGGACGUGCCGACGACAAUGAGACCACAAUCCUCCAACGUCUCAAAACGUUCAAGAGCAAAACAGAACCGGUUAUUAAACACUAUUCAGAAAAGGACAAAGUCAUAAAGAUUGACGCGUCGAAGACAAUCGAUGAAGUGUUUGCUGUAGUCGAGCAAGAAUUUAAAAAGAAGGGGAUAAAUUAA